AGAUAAAUCAAAGCAUCCUAGAAAUAAAUGUUUAGUGAAUCUUAAACAAAGAAACAAUCUUUCUGUAAAGCGACGACGUUAAAAUCGAUUGGACCCUGAAAAUGGCUGCCGCUGCCGGUCCCGUGGGCCAGCCCGAUAUCACGUACACCCCAGAUUUCGACAAAUAUCAAGCUCGGACCAAGCGCCGUACCGCAACUGAGAAGCUUCAGCAAACUCUACCAGAGGGAUUCCCUGCGAAGCUAGAGUCGGAUCUUGUAUGGGAUGGAAAUAAUGUGGCGGAACACUAUGAGUGGAAUUACCAGCUGACACCGGCCGACCUUGGUGAAAUUGACGCAGCCGUGAAGCACUUCAAGUCAUUGAACAAGCCGCUCGGCGAGAUCACGCAGGAGACCUUUCCCCUGCCGAACCUUCAUGCGACGUUACGAGAAAUCUCCCUGGAGAUUCACAACGGACAUGGCUUCAAGGUUGUCCGCGGUGUUCCCGUGGAUAACUAUUCACGAGAAGAGAAUAUUAUCAUCUAUGCUGGUAUUUCGUCUCAUGUGGCACCCAUUCGGGGCCGCCAGGACAACACUUGGGACGGAAAGCCGGCAGAUGUUGUGUUGGCCCAUAUUAAAGAUCUGAGCUCAACGGUCGAUGCCAAGGACAUUGGCGCGCCGGUCUAUACAGCAGAGAAGCAAGUGUUUCAUACGGACUCGGGCGACGUCAUUGGACUUUUUGCCUUGAGUGAAGGUGCCGAGGGAGGAGAAAGUUAUCUCGCAAGUACUGGACAAGUGUACAAUGUGCUUGCCGCAUCAAGGCCAGACCUUAUCCACACUCUUGCUGAGCCUUGGGCGUUUGAUGAAUUCGGUAAAAAUGGUGAUGCAUAUAUUCCUCGCCCAGUCCUAUUUUAUCUGCCAGCAACAUCCGACCAUCCUGAGCGACUAAUCAUUCAAUAUGCCCGUCGUAGCUUUACGGGAUACUGGGGCUAUCCACGCUCAGCGAACAUUCCACCCUUGACAGAGGCGCAAGCUGAAGCACUAGAUGCAUUGCAUUUUACCGCUGAGAAAUAUGCCUUGGCUCUCAACUUCCACAAAGGUGACAUUCAAUAUGCUAAUAACCUCAGCAUUUACCAUGCGCGAGGCGGCUUCCGCGACACAAAGGAAAAACAACGUCAUCUUCUCCGGGUUUGGCUUCGUGAUCCUGAAUUCGAAUGGAAGAAACCAGGCAUCUUGAAGAAACGGUUCGAUCGUGUGUAUGCCGACCUGAAUCCUGAAAGAUCGGUUUUUCCGUUUGAACCCUACAUUCGACACGUCAAUGGGGGUAAUUGAUACAAAAAAUGGCUGUUCGGAAAGAUAUGACUGUCUGCUGUGUAUCAGCUGUUCUACCGUACAUUUCUCAGCUAUACACACAGUAAUGAAAUAAAGAAAUAAGUUCCUGAAGUCAAGAUCCAACCAAUUACAUGUACUCUUCCUCAUCAAAGUCGUCAAAAAUCCAAUUCUCCUCUAAUCUCAACUUUUCCUCACCAGACUCAGCAAGUUCAAUGAACAUAUUUUUCAGCUUUUGUUCCCGUUGCUUCACCUCGUCAUAGAUGUCGGGCGGUACCCAUCCUUCGGGACCAAUGCCGCCAAUAGCGUCACAGCAAGACUGGAGGUGCUCAUCCGCUUCAGUCUUUGCGGCAUCCAGCCGCAAACAUUCGCUGAUUUCUUCCUCUGAAUAUGCUAUUGGGCAAGGAAGCAUUGCAUCACCCGUCUUACUUGGUGCUGAAUUGACAAAUCUCGACCAGCUCUUAGC